AUGCCCCUGCGCCCUUUUCAGUUGUUGGGCCUGCUCGCAUCAGCAGCGGUAGGCCUGACGGGAGAUACGCCCAAGGAUGGCUACUGCAACGGCGUGCCAUUGUCUGUGUCGGAAAACAAUGCCAAACUGCCGGAGCACCUGGUCAUGUCCAAGUGCGCGGACUUCACGCUGGAGGAGGCUACCAUCGCGCAGAUGCAGAAGGCCAUGGAGGACGGGUGGCUGACUUCGGCCAAGCUCGUCAGCUGCUAUCUCAAGCGGACUUUUCAGACGAAGCCGUAUCUCAACUCCGUCAUGCAGGAAAACCCAGACGUGAUGGACAUUGCCAUGGACCUUGACAGGGAGCGAAGGUGUACGGGGCCCCGUGGCCCGCUGCAUGGUAUUCCGUUUACAGUCAAGGACAACAUCGCCACCAACGACUUGAUGGAGACGACGGCCGGCAGCUGGGCGCUGCUGGGCAGCCGUCCGCAUCGCGACGCCACGGUCGUGGAAAGGCUCCGCAAAUCCGGCGCGGUCCUAUUUGGCAAAGCUACCAUGAGCGAAUGGGCCGACAUGCGAAGCUCCAACUACUCCGAGGGCUACUCGCCUCGCGGCGGCCAGUGCCGGAGCGCCUACAACCUGACAGUCAAUCCGGGCGGCAGCAGUUCCGGCAGCGCCGUCGGCGUGGCAGCCAACGCCAUUGCUUUUUCCAUCGGCACCGAGACGGACGGCAGCGUCAUCAACCCGGCCAUGCGCAACCAAAUUGUCGGCUUCAAGCCAACCGUCGGCCUGACCUCGAGGGCCGGCGUCAUUCCCGAGUCGGAAAAUCAGGAUUCGGUUGGCACCUUUGGCCGUACCGUGCGCGACGCCGUCCUGCCCCUUGACGCCAUCCGCGGCCCCGACGAACUGGACCCCAUGUCCGAGCACCAGAAGAAGCUCAAACUGCCCGGAGGAGGGUUCGAAGAGCUGUUGAGCACGAAGGAAAUCUUGGUCGGGGCCAAUUUUGGCAUCCCAUGGGACAGUUUCUGGACUUACACGGACACAGAGACGCGGCGCGUCCUCAAGGGCGUAGUCGACCUCCUCAGGGCGAAAGGCGCGAACAUUCAUUAUAUGACCGAGAUUAAGAACCAUGAACGGAUUGUGAGCCCUACCGGCUGGGACUGGGAUUUUGGCCACGACCCAGAGAAAAACGGGACGGAAGGGUCCGAGUACACCUAUAUCAAGGUCGACUUUUACAAUAACCUGAGCGACUAUCUCAAAAAGCUUAGGUUCUCCCCAAUGUGCUCCCUCGAGGACAUUGUGAACUACAACAAGCGCUAUUCCGGCACCGAAGGCGGCUUCCCCCAAUCUCAUCCGGCCUUUUACUCCGGCCAGGACGGCCUGGAGGCAUCCCUCGCCACCAAGGGCCUGAAGGACACCAAAUACCACGAGGCGCUCAACUAUCGCCAAAAUAUGGCGCGCGAAGGCAUCGACAUGGCCCUCGAUUACAACGGCACGCAGCUCAAUGGUCUCCUGGUGCCUCUGGAACCGGGCCAGAGCUACCAGAUCGCCGCGCAGGCUGGCUACCCCAUGAUCACUCUGCCUGCCGGCGUCCACCAGGACUCGGGCAUGGGGAUCGGACUGGGCAUCAUGCAGACUGCGUGGAAAGAUGACGAGCUGGUUAAAUGGGGCAGUGCCAUCGAGGAUCUCAUGUCGAGCACCGAGUGGAAGAGGACGCUGCCUACCUGGCGCGGGGCGUUGGAGAGGAAUCUCCCUGUUCCUCUAUAA